AUGAUGGGGCGGAAGUGCUCGUUCAAGGACGCCGUCGGCCUCGCGGCCGAGACGAGAGCGGCGCCGAGCGGCGAGGCUCAGGCCGCCGGCGACCUCGAGCAGCUGGCGGGGCUCGACACCCCGCGCUCGGUAGACGAGCCCCUGGCAGCGGCCAGUCCGAACUCGCCGGCCCCCGCGGCGGGGAAGGCAGAGGACGGCCGGGGCACCGCGGAGGCCGCGGCGGCGGGCGGCGCCCGCGACGAGCAGGGCGCCGCGGCGCCGCGCAGCAUCGCGCGGGCGCCCGCAGGAGGAGCGGCCGCUCCCGCGUGA